UUGAAAUAAAAUGAACAAGAAUUUAAAAAAACAUUGACAACAGGGGAAAGAAAAAUUGAUAAAGGACUCCUAUUUAGAAUACUCAUAAAUUAUCGCAAAAAAAGGAAAUAUACAAUUACAGUGAAAAGUUUAGACUUUUUCAAAUUAAUUGAAAUUUUAUUUUAAAGUUUUUAGCGGAAAAAAUGUUCACAAAAGUUUAACAUAUAGUUAUGUGUUUCUCAUUUAGUUUCUAAAUUGAAAAUUUUAACCGUAAACAAACGAUUUUCUUCUAGUUUAGUACAGAGUUAAUGAAUACAUUCCACUUUAAAAUUUUAUUACGAAUUUAAUAAAAGCAGCAUGCGUUUAUUAAGAAUAUUAACACUGGAUGCUGGGAGAAAGAUUUUAAGUUUAUUGACCAUCAUAAUAAUGCUUAGUAGUGCUCCUUACGCUGAUAAAUCCACCGCGGAGAGAAUAAAUAAACAUAAAGAAUGGCUUAAAAAACGAAACCAAUCGCGCAUUAACGUAUUUCAUAAUAUUGAUUUGAAACAACCCAUUGAGUUGGCAAACCUUUGGCGUUUUGAUAGUAAUAAAAAUAAUAAUAUCAUUAAAAAUAUUCCUAUUGUAGUACAAAUUAAGCCUAGUAUUAACGAUGUAUAUCCUUUGGAAGAGCCAGAUACACGAGCCGUAUCUGUUGCUAUUAUAAGCACUACAAACAAAGUUAAUACUUUCGAUACAACUACCAUAUUGCCAAUGACUGAGUUAAACAUAACUAAAAAAUCAAGCUUAAACAAAACAGUACUAAAUGCGAACGAUAGAAAUACAUACGAUAUUUUGAAUACAACUGCUUCGAUUAAUAUUGCAACUGUCAGCCCUUUUUCAAGUGGCAAAAAAUCGAAACAAAAGAUUCAUUUUUAUCCGCGUUGGAGUAACUGGAGUAAAUGGAGUGUUUGUUCACGCAGUUGUGGUGAUGGUGUAAAGUUUCAGCAAAGAAAAUGCAUUAAUAGAAAUUCUUCGAGUGGCAAACGUUACUUAAGUAAUGAUUGCGUUGGUAUUUAUAGACGGUACCAAUUGUGUAAUGAACAGACAUGCCCUUAUUCCAAUGAAAAUUUUCGUGCCUUGCAAUGCUCUUAUUAUAACGGCGUGGAUUUCCAGGGAAACAAGUACAAGUGGGAACCUUAUAUUAAAGAUGAUGCUGAAUGUGAACUGAAUUGUAAACCAGUAGGCAUGAAGUAUUUUGCUACUUUAAACGAUACUGUCAUAGAUGGCACAAUGUGCUAUCGCCCGGCUGAAUAUUAUCGGUAUAAUUAUCAAGAAGGAGCUGUAUGUGUCAAUGGGAUAUGUAAGGCCAUACACACUAGCGGUAUUAUAAGUGGAUUAUCCGUCAAUAGUGGUGCGGUUGGUUGUGGAGGCCUGUUAUGUCGCCCUAUUACCGGUAUAUUCACUCGAAAUCCUCUACCAGAUGAAGCUUAUGUUCAUGUUACUACGGUACCAGCUGGAGCUUCGAAUAUUUCAAUAACAGAAUUGAAGAAUAGCAUAAACCUUUUGGUGCUGCGUACGGAAACUACGGAAGAUCAAAAAUACGUAUUCAAUGGGGAUGGCAAUCCUUCCAAUAGCGGUUCGUAUGAAGCAGUGGGUGCUGCAUUUGACUACCAUCGUAUAGAUGGCUUGCAACAUACUGAGGGUGUAACGGAGUGGAUAACUUGCACGGGCCCUAUAAGAGAAUCAUUAGAAUUGAUGAUUUUUAGUAAAUCCACCAAUCCGGGCAUAAAAUAUGAAUAUUUAUUACCGAUUACUUCCGAAUCAGAAGAAAAUGAAAUUUCAUUGGAAAGUGAUGGCUUUCUCAAAUCUGGAAAGGAAGAGUCCUCAUUAACCACAUCACGACGUCGGCGACUUUUUCAUUGGAAAGUGGUGGGUUUUAGCACUUGCACCAGAUCUUGCGGUGGCGGUACACAAACUCCUAUAGUUAAGUGUGUACGGGAGAAUCCUUUAAGGUACUAUUCUCAGAGACGUUGCGCGCAUUCUCAAAAGCCGCUAAUAAAUGAGAACCUUUUACGCUGUAAUACGCAACCAUGCCCAGCUUUUUGGCGUCUUGAUGAGUGGAGCGAAUGUCGAUGCCAUCAGAAUGAGGGUUAUCGUGAACGUGAGAUCAGCUGUGUGCAAGAGUUAGCUUCUGGCAUAGUUAUUCAUGUUGAUAAUUCGGCUUGCAUGGAAGAGAAACCGUUGGUUAAAAAGCCUUGCGAUUGUCCUAAAAGUCGUCGCCGCAGCCAUGCUCGAUAUCGUUUACAUGGACUUAGUUCAAAUAUCUCACACACUCAAGUGAAGCAAAAUCGUGAGAAAGCCGGAUCUUGGUUAAUGUCCGACUGGAAUCAAUAUUGUUCAGCUGAGUGUGGCAUUGGUGUUGAAUAUCGUACAAUCUUUUGCGAUCGUUCAAAACCGAAUACAGAUCGAUGUGAUUAUCGAACAACCCCAGAAAUUACGCGUGGAUGCAAUACUGAAAGAACGUGUGAAACGGGUGAAUGGUUUUCAGGCCCGUGGUCACCAUGUAAUGGAAACUGUUUCAAUCUAACACGCAGCAGGCAAGUGUUAUGCAUACAAAAUCAGUUAAUUGUCGAUAACGAGGAUUGCGGCAUGGAUUUAAAACCGCAAGCUUUGGAAAAAUGUUCACAUCAAGAAGUUGAAUAUUGCGGUGCUCGAUGGCAUUAUUCCGAAUGGACGGAAUGUACCAAAACUUGCGACGGAGGUACACAAAAACGUACAGUAAAGUGUUUGGAAUACGAUGAGCAGGAAAAUAUAUUAAAAGAAUCGCCGAAAUGCCGCUAUUCGCUUCGGGAACCCAUAUAUCGCAGUUGCAACACACACACGUGUGACGAUGCACAUUUGAGUUUAUUACAAAAUGACAUUUCAACGUCUUGUGUAGACGGAUUUGCCAAUUGUCAAUGGGCAGUGAAUGCGAAAUUGUGUAAUUACGACUAUUAUCAGAAGAAUUGCUGUUACUCAUGUGGCUUAGCGGGAUAAAAAUGACGCGGUCUUUACUUUACUUAUUUGUAAACGUUUUUUUACAAAUAUUUCUUUUUUAAAUCACACAAAGAUUAAAAUUUAUCCCGAUUGAUUGAAAAUGAUUAUGAUUGUUAUUCACUGAGCAGCAUUUCUUUGUAAUAAACAAAUGAAAGCCUUUAAAAAAUCAUUUGCUAGGACAUUCCAAAAUUAAAGCAAAUGAUCUUUUUACAUGAUUACUUACAAAAGUAAAAAAUAUAAA